GUUCAUAGAUGUCGACAAUUUCCUGACUAAUCCACAGACCCUCAAUCUAAUGAUUGCAGAAAACAAAACCAUUGUGGCCCCCAUGCUGGAGUCUCGAGGCCUGUACUCUAAUUUCUGGUGCGGAAUCACACCUCAGGGCUUCUAUAAGCGGACCCCAGACUACCCUCAGAUUAGAGAGUGGAAGAGAUUGGGCUGCUUCCCCGUCCCCAUGGUCCACUCCACCUUCCUGAUUGACCUCAGGAAGGAAGCUUCUGACAAGCUGACGUUCUACCCUCCACACCAGGACUUCGCCUGGACCUUUGAUGACAUUAUCGUCUUUGCCUUCUCCAGCAGGCAAGCAGGCAUCCAGAUGCAUCUCUGCAACAGAGAGCACUAUGGCUACCUGCCCAUCCCCCUGAAGCCCCAUCAGACGCUGCAGGAGGACAUCGAGAACCUCAUCCACGUGCAGAUAGAAGCAAUGAUUGACCAUCCUCCAAUGGAACCCUCCCAGUUUGUCUCAACUGUCCCUAAAUAUCCAGACAAGAUGGGAUUUGAUGAGAUUUUCAUGAUAAACCUCAAACGCAGGAAAGACAGGCGGGACCGGAUGCUGCGCACACUGUACGAGCAGGAGAUUGAGGUCAAGAUUGUCGAGGCCGUGGAUGGAAAGGCACUCAACACAAGCCAGCUCAAGGCCCUGAAUAUUGAAAUGCUGCCUGGUUAUCGAGACCCCUACUCCUCCAGGCCUCUAACCAGGGGUGAAAUCGGCUGCUUUCUUAGCCACUACUCUGUCUGGAAAGAGGUAAUCGACCGAGAACUGGAGAAGACUCUUGUUAUUGAGGAUGAUGUGCGUUUUGAGCAUCAGUUUAAGAGGAAGCUGAUGAAGCUGAUGGAUGACAUUGACCAGGCUCAUCUGGACUGGGAACUGAUCUAUAUUGGUAGGAAGAGGAUGCAAGUAAAAGAGCCAGAGAAAGCGGUGCCCAACGUGGUAAACCUGGUCGAGGCUGACUAUUCCUACUGGACCCUGGGCUACGUCAUCUCUCUGGAAGGAGCACAGAAGCUGGUUGGAGCCGACCCUUUUGGGAAGAUGCUGCCAGUGGAUGAGUUUCUGCCAAUCAUGUACAACAAGCACCCUGUAGCCGAGUACAAGGAGUACUAUGAAUCCAGGGAUCUGAAAGCCUUCUCUGCAGAGCCUUUGCUCAUCUACCCCACACACUACACGGGCCAGCCAGGGUACCUGAGUGACACAGAGACCUCGACCAUCUGGGACAAUGAGACAGUGGCCACCGAUUGGGACAGGACACAUUCCUGGAAGUCCAGCAAGCAAGGUCGCAUCCACAGCAAUGCCAAGAACACAGAGGCGCUGCCGCCACCAACCUCCAUGGACACCGUGCCUUCGAAGGAUGAGCUAUGAAGGCUCCCUGGGAGCACAACCCACCUUCGUUCAUCACCCUUUGGUUUUUCUAAAGGGCUGUUCAUCUGUUUGCCUCCGUUUUUGGUUGUUUUUUUUUUAAGUGGUCACAUUCAUCCAGCCAAAGUGGUCUGAUGUGAUAGACCAAAGUUAAUGUUAUUUUUGACAGAGGAGGGGAAUAGAGAAUUUAAGCCCGAAUUUCCUAGGAUGGCUAAAAGAUAAGCUUUGUGGAAACCAUUAAGAUAAACUUCAGUCCAGACACCUAAUUCUUCAGCUCACUGCCCACAUGAUUCUGCUUCCACUGCUUCCCAUGCGAAGGUCGGACAACGUGGCUCAGAGUCUUGCCCGAGAGCAGGCGGUCACCAAGCUGUCACAUCAGUAACUAGGUAGUCACGGCAGCCCAGCCAACUGGACCACGUUUACUGGUCUGGUUGGGUUUCAUUGUAUGUGGCAGAUGUGACCUUGAAAACUCAAGCCAACUGGACAAAUUUUAUUGGUCUAAUUGGCUUCAUUUUAUGUGACCUUGAAAACUUGUGUAUAUGACAAGUUUGAGGGGGAAUCAAAUCAUUUGAAAUCAUAUUAAUUGGGCUUUUUAUUUAAAGGAAUUCUGUCAUGAGCCUUAUUGCAAAGUAGAUUUUUGUCUUAGUCCUCAGUACCCAGUAGGGAUGGGCGUUUGUGUCUGGCUGAGACUUGACCACCAUGGCAAUUGAAGCUCUCAUGAAGAGCUGUCAGUUUGCCAUGCAGAUGUGACUUAGUAGAUCUCUGGUGGUUUGUGUAGAUAUUUGAGGAAAAAAGAACUCUUGGCCUUCUUUAUUGUGGCCACUUGAGUGAGGAUGCUCUAUUUAUAAAGAUAAAUGUAAUAUAUAAAGGGUGGGGGCUGGUGUGUACCUCCUGCCCUGCCCCUGGGGUUCAUGUCACACUCUUUGCUCCAUCUCUUAGCCUGGGAACGAACCACAGGUGUGAGUUUUAUGAGUUGAGUCACUGUUGAGACACAGAGCACAUUUUCAGGCCAGCAACUAUCUUUGCCGGGGUUUUUCAUUAUAUUUUGAAUUAUUUAUUUUACAAAUCGUUGGGAAAACAUUGUCUGUAAGACAAGGCAAAGAAAUGGAUGCUGCAAGCUUUCACCACACUCUGGGGAGUGGUCGGUGUAGACAAUCUGAUUCUCUUUAGUUUCCCAGCCUGGCUCUUGCAGGGAGGCCUGUUGAUGGGCAAUUCUAAUGAUCUGGAAACAAAUGAUUCUCCAUCUAAGGUGCGAAACAUGGUCAGAAAGAAUGGGCUGGUCAACUGAUUUAGGCCAACAACCCGGGAAGCUCUCAGAGUCAGAAUCCUGGGAGGAUGCCCCUUCUCAAAAGAUGUCCCCUGAGACUCCUUUCUGCUUUCUUCGUAGAUUGGUUUUAUGUAAAAUGCAGAGUUGGACUGCAUGAUCUCUUCCCACUCUGCAAUCUGGCAUCCCAGGAUCUCUCAUGAUGGUUUGCCUCAGGUUUAUGUUCUCACACCCUCGAGCUCUAAACGUGGCCUCCAGAAACACCCUCCCAGGCAUCCCGAACAAGCACCUGUCCUCGAUAGCCAUGCACCAUGGCAGCCACGUGUGGGGGGGCGUGCAGGUCCAAGAACCUGAGCUUCACACUUCAACGAGUGGGGAGGGCCCUUUGCAGCAGAGCUGUGGGUAGGGGGUGCUCCCCGGGAGAGGGUCCCCCAGCUUAGGGCAGUGAGGCAACUUGCCGUCCACCUGACGCCAGCCUUGGCCUUCCCGAUUCAUUGUUGAUAUUCUUCUAUAUUGACUAGUAAGCCAGAGAUUAAGAAAAGGGGUCUCGUCCAACUCCAAUUUUUACUGCUUAGACAUAACUGUCAGAGCUUGACUGUUUUUUUUCUAGAAAAACAGAAAGAGCAUCUGGAGAGCUAGUGAAAAAUCCUUAGGUGAUUCCUAAGAUUUCCUUGGGUGUUUGGUAUGUUGUUUGCAUAUUUGAGUGUGUGCAAGUGUGUAUGGCUUUAAUGAAUCUUUUUUAAUGGGGUGGGAGGUGGCUGGGGUGUUGGGAGGUGAAGGAAGAUUGAGUUGAUUUUGUGUUGUUUUGUUUAAUUUUUUUCCCUGUCAGCUGGUCUGACAGGUUUAAGAAUUCUCGUUCUUAAGAGACAGUGGACUUAAAUUCUAAAAUUUUAGAAUAGGACUGUUCUACUGUGAAUAAAGUUCUGGCUCUGUUAGCCCAGCCUUUGUUUCUCCCUGCUCAGGUCUGGAAUUCCAAGCAAUGUUCUUUCCCUGUGAACAUUGUGAGCUACAGAUCUAGCAUUUCUUUUAACAAGUCUUUUCGGCAACUCAGAGGUUCCUUGACCUCAUUGUCUGUCCUGUUUCCCUUCCAGUCUUAAGCCAAGACAUUCGAUCUUCACAGUGUCAUGUGAGGCCUUCGGUAAGAGGCCUUUGCCGCUGGGCUGCCACCUGCUCUCUGCCUCUGGCAGUUAAACUGUGCCUGGAUUCCUCUGGGGAUCCAAGGUGGGAUCUUCUGGACAGACAGCCCCAACUUCAGCAGCGCUGGUGCUGCUGUGUGUGGACUGAGCUCCUACGAAUCGCAGAGGACACGCUGCACGGGCCUUGCUUUGGGUUCACUCUGGCCUGCUGCAGAAACUCUGGAAAACAAGAGCUGACAUCCAGCACCCUAUAUUGUCUGCCUUGCUGUGCUGUUUCAGGGCAGGGAAGUGAUAAACUACUUGCCUUCUGGAGCUCUU